UUAGACUGUAGAUUCCUAAACUAGCAUUGUCAGUCCAAAUUUUAUCCAAUGUCAAUGUCGCUUCAAUUCCAUAAAGUGAUAUAAGUUUUACAUUUGCGACUACGUUAGCCCUUUUAUAUUAGUAGCAAGGGAUUGCUUUUGAUUAAGUUACUACGGAUCUCUAGAAACUUGAUAUCAUACGAUAACGCCGAUUAUCCUCAGUGUAUGACACAGGGCACUGUGUUACAGUUUGAAGUAAGGUUAUAAAAGUAAAUUAUAUAAUUUAGUGUGAAAAUGCGUGAAAUAGUGCAUGUGCAGGCUGGGCAGUGUGGAAACCAGAUAGGAUCUAAGUUCUGGGAGAUAAUCUCAGACGAGCAUGGAGUUGGCCCCGACGGAAUCUAUCAUGGCGAGAAUCCGAUGCAACUGGAGAGGAUCGACGUCUACUACAACGAGGCUUCGGGCGGUAAGUUACAAAUUGUCAACGUGCCAGUUCUGGGAGAUAAUCUCAGACGAGCAUGGAGUUGGCCCCGACGGAAAUCUAUCAUGGCGAGAAUCCGAUGCAACUGGAGAGGAUCGACGUCUACUACAACGAGGCUUCGGGCGGUAAGUUACAAAUUGUCAACGUGCCAGUUCUGGGAGAUAAUCUCAGACGAGCAUGGAGUUGGCCCCGACGGAAUCUAUCAUGGCGAGAAUCCGAUGCAACUGGAGAGGAUCGACGUCUACUACAACGAGGCUUCGGGCGGUAAAUACGUGCCUCGAGCCGUUCUGGUCGACCUCGAACCUGGGACCAUGGACUCAGUGAGGGGCGGGCCCUACGGACAGCUCUUCAGGCCAGACAACUUCGUGUUCGGACAGAGCGGGGCUGGAAACAACUGGGCUAAGGGUCACUACACAGAGGGCGCUGAGCUCGUCGACGCAGUCAUGGACGUCAUCCGCAAGGAAUCUGAAAACUGCGACUGCCUUCAAGGGUUCCAGCUGACACACUCUCUUGGGGGUGGCACCGGGUCUGGCAUGGGCACGUUGCUGCUGAGCAAAAUCCGCGAGGAGUUCCCCGACAGAAUCAUGAGCACAUUCAGCGUCGUGCCCUCGCCUAAAGUGAGUGAAGUAGUGCUAGAACCCUAUAACGCGACGCUCUCCGUGCACCAGCUGGUGGAGAACACGGACAUGACCUUCUGCAUCGACAACGAGGCUCUCUACAACAUCUGCUUCCGGACACUCCGGCUCACCAGCCCCAGUUACGGGGACCUCAACCAUCUCAUCUCGUUAACAAUGUCCGGCAUAACAACGUGCCUCCGUUUCCCGGGCCAGCUGAACGCGGACCUGCGCAAGCUGGCCGUCAACAUGGUGCCGUUCCCCAGGCUGCACUUCUUCAUGCCCGGUUUCGCCCCCCUCACAGCCAGGAAUUCCUUUGACUACCGCGCUCAAAACGUAUCUGAACUUAUGAGUCAAAUGUUCAACCCGGGCAACAUGAUGACGGCGUGCGACCCGCGCCACGGGCGCUACCUCACCGUCGCCACCAUGUUCCGCGGCCGCAUGAGCAUGAGGGAGGUGGACAACCAGAUAGUCGCCAUACAGAAUAAGAACUCCAGCUUCUUCGUGGAAUGGAUCCCCAACAACCUGAAGGUGUCCGUGUGCGACGUGCCGCCGCGAGGCCUGAAGAUGUCCGCCACCUUCGUGGGGAACUCCACCGCCAUCCAGGAGAUAUUCAAACGCAUAUCGGAGCAGUUCACGGCUAUGUUUAGACGCAAGGCUUUCCUCCACUGGUACACGGGCGAGGGCAUGGACGAGAUGGAGUUCACGGAGGCCGAGAGCAACAUGAACGACCUGAUCUCCGAGUACCAGCAGUAUCAGGAGGCUCCCGUGGAAGACGAGGACGCCGAAUUUGACGAAGAGGACGAGAUAGAGCAAGAAUACCCGCAGGAAAGAGAGAGAGAGGCUGUCCAUGUCGCUCACUAAGCUUGUCUAUCAUAGAUACUAAAAAACAAUUUGCUUGCCCAAUUACUAUAAGUCCGUCUAAAUUAACUCUGCAGUGACCUUGAUGUCACAAAGUGUGGACAUGUUAUAUUUCGUGUCAUCAACGAUGACGCGCAGAUUUGUCAAAUCUAACCUUUAAUAACAUGACAAUACGCGUCAAGGCACGCGUCUUCGUGAAUGACACGAUCUAUAGUAUAGUUGAAAUUUUCCGAGUUGAUUUUUUCGGCUCAAACCUUAAUCAGUCAAACAAUAGUUAUUUGUGCAACAAGAGAGGAAAGUUGGUUUUUCUGGCGAGUGUCCUCGCUACGCUCAAGAUUCUUUCGCUUACUCGGGACUCAAAAACACGAGAUGUAAAAUAUAUUUGCUCUCGUAUGACACGUACAACUUUUCACCUCAGUAGUGAUAACAUAUUAAAGGUAAAAAAAUUCAACAUCAAGUUAACCACAUUUUUUUUUUACAAGAUAGUAAUAUAAUCGUUUAUUUACAUUCAUAAAUGAAAGGCAUCAUUAUUAUGACAAAAGCUUGUCUCACUCCCUGGAGUGAGGAAAGUGCGACUUUCCCCACUCCAGGGAGUGACGAAAGUAGACUUAUUCGAGCUGCUGAGGUGAAAAAAGCAUUGUUUCUUUUGUGCACCGCGGUAGCUACCGAAUUUGUCAUUAGAAAAAAGGAUUGCCCGUUUUGAGAGGAAAAGGGACGGCCGCUUCUCCAUACAAACUUAAUCCUCAUUUUUCUCUCUGGAUAUUAACAUAAUGGAAAACAUUUUUUACAUAUAUUGAUGUAUAUGAAUAUUAGCUAUGUCCCUACGUUUUACUAUUUUAAUUUUUUUUAUUAUUGUAAAGAUUAGGAGCAAAAAACAGUUUUCAUACAUAUUUUUAAAUGCUUACUCUUAUAAUAAUUAAAAAUUCGAACAAAAUCAAACGUAGUGGCAUAGUUAUAUAUCUACACAGUUAAAUAUUUUCAAAAUGUUAUCCAGAGAGGAAAAUGGGGACUAUGAAUAAGAAUAAAGAAUAAGAAACCAUUUAUUGCCACACAAAAUACAAUGUUUCACUU